UGUAGUUUUAAGAAUUCAACUUUGCGUAAUUGGAGGUUAUAUGUAUAAUGAUUUAGAAAAUGAGAAAAAUUCUUUGAAAGUUAAUAAAAUCAUUGCCUCACCAGAAAUUCAACAAAAGUAUCUUUCUCAUGUCAAUUAUUUUCUUAAUGCUGGAAUAAAAGAAUUGACCAUUCCAAUAAAAAACAUAGUAGAAUCUGCAAUUGGGAACAUCAGCUUAAAGCAUACCUUGUUGUUAAAAGAUUUUGAAAUCAUAUUGGAUAGUAUCAGAAAUAGUGUUUGUUCUGAACAAGAAUUCAUUCCUGCUACUAUUUAUUAUGUAUUAUCAAUGGAUGUGUACAAUAGUCCUAAUUUAGAGUUGCUGUCAAGUAAUGAUUCGAUUAUUGCUCAGAUGACUAAUGAAACCAAGGAUGUACUUGAAAGUGCAGAUUUUUCUCGAGUAAUGUCACAUUGUCUGGAACAAGGAUUUGCAAAAUUAAUGGAUCGUCUAACUGAAUGUUAUAUUCACUUAAACUGUGAUGGGUUUAAGAAUCCAGACAGUAUAGCUAUUCCGUUGGCUAAAGUACUACCUGGAAUUCGUCAAGUAAUGCAGAAACACAAACCUAAUGAACAGGACUCUCUUACGACAUCACUUUUAUAUUUUGAAGAAUUGACAAAUUUUUCUGCUAAUAUUUAUGAAACAUUUUCUCAUUCUCCAAUUGAAAUAAAAUAAUAUUUUAAAAUUCAAUAAUACAAGAAAGUGCCUUGAACACAGUCGUGUAAAAAAGAAUAAAUUUUCUUUAUGUUCAGCUGUUUCAAUAUAUGUAUUUUAUGUUAGUAAAUAAAUAAGAGCAGAGUGUCAAUUUCCCAAACAGACUGGGAACUGUUUCUUUCUAGUAAUAAUAAUUUAAUGAAAUUUUAUUUUUGAGAAAGUAAAUUUGGUAUUGUCUCUUACUUUUUGAGAUGUAAUAGAUAGUAACGGUAUCUUAAAUAACACAAAUAUUAAAUAAUUAAGAACAUAAUUAUAAAAUUAAGUUCCUACUUCAUUCAAAUACAUUAAAAAUACUGAAAUGUUGGAGUAAAAUAUUGGUAUAAUAUUAAAUUCCAGUUAAAUGUUUUCUUUGUACUGCAGUAAAUAACAUUAUAAAUAAUUCCCAAUAAUGGAAGAAAAAAUAUGUUGGCAGGCACUUUGUGUUAAAGAUUCUGUUUAUAAAAGCUUUAGUUUCUGGACAUGAUUCUGGAUAUAAACAGAAUAUAUUUGCAUCUAUCCAAAGAUAUCUAGAUAGAAACAUUCAGAAAGUUAGCCUAUUUGAAAAUCAUUAAUAUAUUAAGGAUUUAAUGUAAAAUGCAUUGAAAUCGAAUGAAAAUUUAAUGUACAAGUUUUGUGAAAUGAUACUCUGCUAAAAUCUUAAUUGUACAAUAAUUAUGGUACAGUUUUCAUGUUCUACUAUUUGAAUAUAUUGAUAUAAUUGUAUUAUGAUUUUAUAUGAUUUUUGUUAAUGACAAUUUGUAUCUUAUUACAGAAUGGGAAAUUUUUACUGUCAUUAAAAUCCUGUUAAUGUUUGUUGUUAACAUAAUUUUUUAUGACUGCAUUUAUUUUCUGAAUUUGUCAUAUUUUUGUCUUUACAUAUUGUUUUGUUACAAUAGGUUAUUAUAAAAAAAGAAUGAUAUAAUCAAUCAAUCAAAAUCUUAACAUAAAAAGGCAGUAACCUGUUACAAGGGGGUAUUUUAACAAUUUCUUAGUUUUACAUAAACUUUUCGAUAAAAUUUAUCAUUAAAUGUCUAUUUAAUUUAAUGAUUGAAUAAGGCUAAUUAACAAUAUACUUGUCACUCAAAAAUGUUUUUAACAUAUUAUAUAAAUUAUAAAUGUCAUUGAUAUUCAUUUUGUCCAAUUUACUAUACAUAAUUAUUUCCAUCUUUUGAUUAUAUUCAUAAUUCUCACUAGUGUUUACAUUUUGUUUGUUUUUCUCGUUACAUCCAUAAAU